AUGCCAGACCACGACUCUGUCCACACCAUUAGUAGCCUUUCUUCUGAGAACGCGGACAAGCAAUUGGUCCACGUUGUGGAGAACGAAAUAAGUCAACAUGAUUCUUUUACCGAAAACAAAGUUGUCACAUCACGUGAUGCUGAUGUCACACUUGGCUUUCUUAUUACCAACGACGCACAAGUACCCAUCGUCACUGCAGAUGAAGAAAGGCGCUUAUCGAGAAAAGUUGUAUGGUUUAUUGUACCUCUAUGUGCCCUGAUCGAUUUUGUGCUUUAUGCUGACAAGGCCACAGCAUCCUACACCUCGAUCUUUGGCAUGUGGAAGGACACACACUUGGAUCAAAACAAGUACAGUAAUUCCACAACUUUAUUCUAUGUGGGUUACAUUUUAGGACAGGGAAAUUUGUUUUUUCUACAAAAAUACCCAGUCGGUCGUGUGAUGGCUGUUCUGAGUUUUCUCUGGUCUCUCAUAAUUUACUUGCACACCGUGGCAACUAGUUACCAGGGAAUCUAUGCCCUUCGAUUUUUUUUAGGAUUUGUCGAAGCGAUAGCGGUUCCUGCCCUCAAUGUCACAAUGGGCCAAUUUUUAACCGCAGAAGAAAAAAGCUGGACUGCUCCUUUGUUCUACACAACCUGUCUGGGAAACGAAAUAAUUGUUGGCUUCAUCGCUUUUGGAAUUCUACAUGCCAAACCAGCUAUCGCUGUUUGGAAGCUUUUCAUGAUAGUCAUUGCCUCCAUCAGUCUUGUUGUCACGAUUUUGGUUCUGUUCUUGUAUCCCAACAACCCUUCAGAUGCGCGCUUCUUGAAUUUAAAAGAAAAAAUAUGGGUUAUCAGAAGGGUGCAAGAAACGACGGGUUCUUCAAUUGAGCAGAAAGUUAUCAAGAAACAUCAAAUCAUCGAGGCUUUGAAAGACCCAGUUUCUUGGUUAUUCUGUGGCUUUUUUUUCUGUAACCAACUAUCAAACAAUCUUGUUUACCAAGAAAAGCUACUGUUCAAGGAAAUUGGAGUUUCGACAUUAGGCUCUACGUUAGUAUCUGUCGCAUAUGGUGGGUUUUCGGUGACAUGUGCAAUUAUCGCGUCAAUAAUCAUUCGAAAGAGGGAAAACUCCACCGCUUACUCGGUGAUAUUUUGGACCCUCUUCCCGUUUGCUGGCAGUAUUGCUAUGCUCACCUUACCUUGGCACAGAAAGUAUGCACUUCUGGCCAUGAUCUGUAUCUGUGCUCCCAAGGGAAUUGCGUGGAUCUUGAUGUUUAGCUGGACUUCCACAUCAACUUCUGGCCACACAAAGAAAAUUACCAGAAACGCACUGAUAAUGUUCUGGUACGGUAUUGCCAAUAUCAUUGCCCCACAAUUAUGGAGACAAAACGACGGUCCUAGAUACAAUCGCGCUUGGAGUGUGCAGCUUGUUUUCGCAUUCUUUUUGGCCCCAUUAUUCGCAUUGGCUAUCCGGUUCAUUUUGGCCAGAAGAAACGAAGAAAGAAGGCCACUUCUAAACAAUGGUGCGUCUUUAGGUUUCAUCAAAAGUACUGACAUGGAGUCUGUUUCUACCGUCAGGGGCAACAUCGCGCUAUUAGAUCUAACGGAUCUCGAAAACGAUCAGUUCAUAUACCCGUUGUGA